AUGGCGUGGGGUCAAAAGUUCAAGAUCACUCAUUUUCAACAAUUUAUUAGUAGUAUUCUGAUAAAUCCUUCAUCUAAGAAGAAACAGAAAGUGACUGUAGUUGAAGAAACCCUACAUGACCGUAUCAGUGAACUACCGGACUCAUUGCUUGUUCAAAUUCUCUCUUUUUUGUACACAAAGCAUGCUGUUAGAACAUCCAUUCUCUCUAAAAGGUGGCGCUAUCUCUGGACUUCAGUUGAUUGCUUCUUUUUCGAUAUUAAAAAUCUACUGAAAACUAGGAACUCCGUAUCCUUUGUUGACUUUGUUUUUGCUCAUUCCAUUUCUCCCAAAUUAAAAAAAUUAGAGCUCGACUGCAGCAGUAAUUGGCGACCUUGUCGUGGACUGAGUGAAUACAUUCCACGAAUCAGUCGAUGUCUUAGUCUUGCUGUUGAGAAAAAUGUGGAAAAUAUUGUAUUCAUCUCAGGUGAUGAGAGCGAUUGUACAUUGCCUGAAUCUUUCUGGUCCUGUUCGUCCUUGAUUAGUUUAGAAUCAGGGUGUUACUUGAAUUAUGAUGGGGUCAUAGCGUGGAAGUCUCUAAAGAGCAUAAAAUUGAAGUGGAUGACGUUAUCUGAUGACCAUGUUGUGAACUUACUGUCAGGCUGUCCUGCAUUGGAAACUAUGGAAUUACGUCGUGUUUAUGGUUUAAGUCGCCUGGACAUUAGGUCGUCAAAAUUAAAGAGACUGAAGUUGAAACCUCUUUCGUCGCCUGAUUAUGGGAGAGAUCGUUCCCUGGAAAUUAUUGCCCCUUAUCUUCAGCAAUUGGAAAUUAAAGGAGAUCUUUAUGAUCUCAAGUGUAGGCUUGUAGAUGUGUCCUCCAUGGUUAAUGCUAAGCUUACUUUCAACAUUACUUGUAUCAAAGACAUCUUGGGUGAAGAAAUUGAUGAUGAGGAAUACAAUUGUCAUGACUAUCAUCAGGUUUUUAGGACCCUCGUCCAAGAUUAUCUUCAAAAGUUGAGUUGUGCAGAUGAGCUAACACUCGGAACUUGGUUCACUGAGGUUUGUUUUUAACUCAAAAUUUGUGUCCUUUUGCAAUCCAUUCCUCAACUGUUCAAUGUUCGGUAUUCUUUUUAUCAUACAACUUUUCAAUGUCCGGUACUUCCUUUAUCACACCGUCAAAAGAUAUAUCACUAACUCUUGCUAUGAAGUACCUCCUUUUUGUUGUUAUUGCUUUGUCUGAUCUUUACUAGUUUCAUUGGGAUUACUGCACUAGGUCCUGUGCAUGUUGCAGUUCAAAGGAGUGCUGAUUCCAGAAUUGAACUGCAAAUCUCUAACGGUGGAGGUGCAUAUGAAAUUUUUUAAUUUGUAUGGAGUGGCUGGCCUUUUCCGAGCCUCGCCUCAUGUGGAGACACUCAACAUAGACAUAUCAGCU